AUGUUGAGCAAAUUUUUUCCGAGAGUCGAGCAAAAGUCACUGGACGAGCCGGUGCAGUCGCGGGAUGCCUUCAUCUAUUUGAAUCGAGCUAUGUGGGGCCUCGGAUGGACAGAGGCCUACGAAAAAAGAUGGCAAUAUUGGUACAAUAUGUGGACCAUGUUCACAACAUUGAUUUUUAUUAUCCUACUGCCGAUGUCGAUGGUGGCUGAGUACGUUCAAAACUUUCGGAAUUUUUCGGCUGGCGAGUUCCUCAGUUCCCUCGAGAUCAGUGUGAACAUGUACGGAUGCUCCUUCAAAUCAACUUUCAUCAUUCUGGGCUUUCCGAAGUUCCAAGAGGCUAAGAAGAUCCUGGACAAACUGGACCAAAGUUGCCAACGGGAUCAGGAGAAACUGGGGAUACGCCGAUACGUGGCUUGGGGUAACCUAUGUUUUAUGCUCUACCAGAUGUCAUUCUCCUUCUUCGUGGUUGUCAACUGUGCGGGCUAUAUGAUAAUGGGCCGCCAUGCCUGGAGGAUGUACUUUCCGUUUAUUAAUCCCGAUAAGUACUUUUUCUCCACGAAUUUCUUGGAGUGUUUCCUAAUGGGUUCCGUGGUUCUCAUGGACCAAUGCACGGACGUGAGUGCCCUGACCUUUAUACUGUUGGGACGCUGUCACAUCACAUUGCUUAAGGAUCGCCUUACCAGACUUCGAAUUGAUCCCUCCAAGAGUGAGGAAGAGCACCUGAAGGAGUUGAACAAAUGCAUUGAGGAUCAUCGUUUAAUUUUGGACUAUUUUAAUGUUUUGCGGCCUGUCUUUUCAAAGACCAUUUUCAUACAGUUUCUAUUAAUCGGACUCGUCCUUGGCCUAUCGAUGAUCUACGUCCAGUUUUUUGCAACCUUUUGGAUGGGAAUUAUAAACUUUGUGUUUAUGUUUGACGUGUGUCUGGAGACGUUUCCUUUCUGCUAUGUCUGCAACUUAAUCAUCGAUGAUUGCCAGGAGCUGGCAGACAGUCUUUUUCAAUCCAAUUGGAUGUCGGCCGAUCGUCGCUACAAGUCUACUCUUAUAUAUUUCCUUCACAAUCUUCAGCAACCCAUUGCACUCACAGCUGGAGGAGUUUUCCCAAUUUGCAUGCAGACUAAUUUGUCGAUGGUCAAGUUGGCUUUCUCAGUCGUAACGGUUAUUAAACAAUUUAAUUUGGCUGAGAAGUUUCAGUAG